GCCGCGGCGAUGGCGGCGGCGGCGGCGGGCCCGGCGCGGCGGCGGCGGCCGGAGCGGGAGGAGGCGGCGGAGCCUCCGCCGAGCCCCACCGGGUCCCCCAAGAGCGCCGGUAGCGGGCCCGGGCUGGCGCGGCGGCUGCUGGGGUUCGAGCUGCGGGAGCUGACGCGAUGGCAGCGCUUCGUGCGGCUGCUGCACCGGCCGCAGGACCCCGCCGCGCUCGGGGCUUUCCGCGCAGCCUUCGGGCUGCUGAUGGCCCUGGACGUGCCGCAGGAGCGCGGCCUCGGGCACCUGGACCAGCGGUACCUGGACGGGCUGGAGGUGUGCCGCUUCCCCCUGCUGCCCUUCCUGGCACCGCUGCCCCUGGACUGGAUGUACCUGCUCUACACCGUCAUGUUCCUGGGAGCGCUGGGCAUCAUGCUGGGCUGCUGCUACCGGCUGAGCUGCGUGGCGUUCCUGUGCCCCUACUGGUACCUGCUGCUGCUGGACAAAACCUCCUGGAACAACCACUCCUACCUCUACGGGCUGCUGGGCUUCCAGCUGGCACUGCUGGGCGCUGACCGCUACGGGGCUCUGGCAGUGGGUGGCACACUGGGGACAGUGACAGUGGCCUUGUCCCCCCCCCCGUGUCCCCCCAGCUCCGUGGACGGGCUCUUCCGGCCCCAGAAGCGGAACGCCCACGUGCCACUCUGGAACUACGCCCUGCUGCGUGCCCAGGUGUUCAUCGUGUACUUCAUCGCGGGGCUGAAGAAGCUGGACGCAGACUGGGUGGGGGGCUUCUCCAUGGGGACCCUGGCCCGGCACUGGCUCUUUGCACCCUUCAGGCUGGUGCUGUCGGAGGAGCUGACCAGCCGGCUGGUGGUGCACGGGGGCGGGCUGCUGCUCGACCUCUCCGCCGGCUUCCUGCUCUUCUUCGACGCCACGCGGCCCCUGGCCCUCGUCUUCGUCACCUACUUCCACUGCAUGAACUCCCAGCUCUUCAGCAUCGGGCUACAACAACUGGACCAACGGGCUCUACGGCUACUCGUGGGACAUGAUGGUGCACUCCCGCUUCCACCAGCACGUCAAGAUCACCUACAGGGACGGGCUCACCGGGGAGGUGGGCUACCUGAAACCAGGGGCGUUCACGCAGAGCCGCCGCUGGCGGGACCACGCCGACAUGCUGAAGCAGUACUCGGCCUGCCUGAGCCGGCUGCUGCCGCGCUACAACGUCAGCCAGCCCCAGAUCUACUUCGACGUCUGGGUGUCCAUCAACGAGCGCUUCCAGCAGAGGCUCGUGGACCCCCGGGUGGACCUGGUCCGUGCCCCCUGGUCCCCGUGGACCCCCACGCCGUGGCUGCUCCCGCUGCUCGUGGACCUGUCGCCGUGGCGGCAGCGGCUGCAGGAGCUGGAGGCGCAGCUGGACGGACACACGGACACCGUGUUCAUCGCAGACUUCCCCGGCCUGCACCUGGAGAACUUUGUGAGCGAGGACCUGGGCAACACGAGCCUGCGGGUGCUGCGGGGGCAGGUGCUGGUGGAGCUGGUGGAGCAGCAGCAGAACCGCUCUCUGCAGGAGGGCGAGGCCAUGCAGCUGCCGGCGGGGCAGUACCACAAGGUGCACACGGUGUCCCCCGAGCCCUCGUGCUACAUGUACCUGUACGUGAACACCACGGCGCUGGAGCUGGAGCAGAAGCUGACGCGGCUGCGGGAGCUGCGGGAGCGCGUGCGCAACGGCACCGAACAGUCCCCGCUGCCCCCCGAGCUGCAUCCCCUGCUGGGGGAGCCCCUGCCCGCGGGGGCCCCCCUGGACCCGCUGGUGUCGCUGCUCCUGCGGCGGGAGCAGCGCCAGCAGCGCCGCGAGCGCCAGGCCAGCCCUGCCCAGCGCCUGCGGCGCUUCCUCCGCAGGAAGUUCUUCCUCUUCCGCCGCAGUGCCCUGAUGACGCUGAUCGCGCUGCGGAACCUGGCGCUGGGCCGCCCGGCCCCGGAGCGCCUGGCACAGGAGGUGGCCUUCGCCAGCUGGCGCGGCGAGGAGGAGGAGGCUCAGCCCGAGGCCGAUGGGGGGGCCCAGAGGGGCCCCGAGCUCUGAACACCCCAAAUAAAUGCAGUUUUGUAAGCCAGAAAUGCUCCCGUGCCUCGGUUUCCCCCGGUGCCCCAGAUUCGUUCCCCACCCUCUGUGCCCCUUUCCCUCCAUCCCUCAGCCACGUUCCCUUCCUGCUUCCUCCACCCCAUCUCCCCCUGUGCCUGUUUCCCCUCACACCCUGCUUCCCCCGAGCUCAUUUCCCUCACAUCCCUUUUCCCUUUCCUCGGUAUUCCCCCAAACCCCAAUUUCCCCCACACCUGCUGCCCCAAUGCUCAUUCCUGCCUCUUUCCCCCCAUUCCAGUACCUGUUCCCCCACACACUUUCUCCCUCUCUACUCCCCCACAUCCCACCUUCCCUCGUACCCCAAUUUCUCCAUCUGCAGUGCCUCAGUUCCCAAAAUCCCUCAGAGCUCCCCCCGUGUCCCCCACACACUCGAGGUGGCACCGUCUAACCCAUCGCUUUUAUUGAGAUUCUUUUCUUUUUUUUUUGAGUUCAUUUUUUUUUUGGAUUCAGUGGAUCAAAACAUUCGGACGAAACCUCCCGAAAAUAGUAAAACCAAGAGAAAAAAAUAAAAAUAAAACCC